GGGCGGGACGGUGGUGAUGGGGCUAAGGGAAAGUUCGAGUGAGUGUUGAUGUACAGUGUGAGAACAGAGAGGGAGCAGCGAGGGGAGUGGAUCUUCUCCCCAGGAGCUGGUGGGCUAGGAGCAGCUGGAGGGGGUCGCUGAACAGCCGCCGCUGCCGCCGCCAUUUAUUGUCUUCGAAUUCCAAGUCCCGUCGAUCGGCGAUGUCCUCGCAAGUGACGCCGCGGGUGCGGCCCAGCGGCUCCCCGACCUCCAGCCGCCCUCAGCCGCUCCGAGCCACCGUCCCCUUUCAGCUGCGAGCGGCCGCCGGCAGCACUCCCCCCGGCGGCGCCCGGCUGGCCCCCGGCUCCUCCCCCUCCCCCUCGGUUCCUUCCCCGGCUCCGUCCGUCUCUCCGCCGGGAAGCCGCAGCGCCUUCCACAGCGUCACCACCUCGACCAGCAGCGGCCCAGGGCCGGGGGAGCAAGAGACGGCCUGGAGGGCGGCCCCGUCCGGGGAGAGGAAAGGCAGUCACUCGGCCUCCUGCUGCACAUCUCCCGUCAGCAAAGGGCAACCGGAGCUAGACACUGUAUUCCAGAAGAAGCCUCAUCAGUGUCUUGCACAACCUCAGCAUGAUGUCCCAACUCCUAUAUUGAAAGGUCUGAGCAAUGAAGCAGUUGAGAAACCCAAGUCUCGUCAGACAAAAUCUUGCAUACGACGCACCUCCUCCCUCGAUACAAUCAUCGGACCUUACUUGAUAGGACAGUGGCCACGUGAUAGUGAUGUACACUCUGCAUCGUGGGAGAAUGAGAAAGCUACACAGGUACUAUCACUUCAGACCCAUAAUGAACAAAUGUCUGAAAAACAUCCCUUGUUGGCCUUGUAUUGAUAGCUGAAUCUAAGGUCUUUGACACUGAUUCCCAUUUUGCUAUUGUUCAAUGUAAAGUGGUGACUUUAGAGAGACGCUCAAUGUGCAGGACCACACAUUGUGCAGCUUUCUGCUGUUUGAAAUUCUUCUGUCCUAUGAAGUUUAUCAAUGUAUGUUAUCUCUAUGCUGUAAAUAAAGGUGACUGCAGUCUUGAAUUGAUA